CCGGUCCUCCCGCACGGAUUAACCGAGAGAGAGAGAGAGAGAGAGAGAGUAUACACCAUGCUCACCGCCUAAACUCUUUGUUUUAAAUCACACACACACACACACACUCUCUUCCCUCCCACGGUUACUUUUUGUUCGGACUCACUGCGCGGAUUUGUGUUUUAUUUUAUUUUUUUAAUGCGCGUGUAAUUGACCCCCCGCAGCCCUUUAAUUCCCCGCACAGUACAGGAGGAUGCUCGCGCUGACGCGGAGCUCGUGCUGGCUGCUCGCGCUGUUGUUGAGUCACGCGGGAGUCGGAGCGACCGGCCACAACAACAACUCCAUCAAAGCGGCGCCGCUCGGAGAGGAGCCCACCGCCUCCUCCUCCUCCUCUUCCUCCGCCGCGUCCGCGCGCCCGGGCAGCAGCGCGCCUCACGCGCCCCACGCACCGCAGAAGAAGGCCAACGUGCCCGUGCAGGUGUACAGCAGUGAGAAACAGUGCAGCAGCGAUAAGGACUGUGCGGUCAGCAGUUACUGUCACACGUCUCAGCAUGCUCCAUCGCGGUGCGCGCCCUGCCGCCGGAGGAAGAAGCGAUGCUCCAGAGACGCCAUGUGCUGCCCUGGGAACCGCUGCAGCAAUUCUAUCUGCGUCGCGUUCCCUGAGAACCUCAAGACCCAUCACAUCUCGGAUUUAAAGGAGCAGAAAAAGCUGAGCAAAGACAAGGGCUGGAAGAAGAGCGGGAAAGUCCAGACCAAGGUCUCCCUUAAAGGUCACGAGGGCGACCCGUGUCUGCGUUCCUCAGACUGUUCAGAGGGUUACUGCUGUGCCCGUCACUUCUGGACCAAGAUCUGCAAGCCGGUGCUGCGCCAAGGCGAAGUGUGCACCAAACAACGCAAGAAAGGCUCGCACAACUUGGAGAUCUUUCAGCGCUGCGACUGCGCCAAAGGCCUGGCGUGCAAAGUGUGGAAGGACGCCACGUCUUACUCCAGGUCCAGACUGCACAUGUGCCAGCGGACCUGAGAGGAGCGAGGGAGCGCCGGCGAACGAGGGAACUGCAACCGGAAUGUGUCCCGUGUUCCCUCCAGGGAGCGAGGUGGAGAGGACGUCCUCUUCCCAGGACUCAGAAAUAUGUGAAGGGGAAACAUGGAUAAGCGAGAAGAGAUAACAGUGAGACAGAGAUUAAUCUGGGCCAGUGUGUGUGUGUGUGAGUGUGUGUGUGUGUGUGUGUGUGUGUGUGUGUUUUGUAUGUGUGCACAUGCUUGUGGAUUUGUAAUGAAUGAUUGGCAUUCGAUGAUUGAGGUUCAUGAUGAGAUUCAGCUUUGGGUCGUUGUUUUUAUUUUAUUUUUACAAAGCAUCUAAUCAUGAUUUAUUUUGCUGCACAUGUUUUAAAGAGAUUUAUUUGAAAGCCAUAUUACUUACUGCCUUAACAACAGGUAAUAAGGGAAUGAAAUAAUUUCACUGUCUGUAUGAAUUUAGGCUUGACGGCGAUUCAGGACAGGACCGAGUUCUCCAGCGCACAGAUUUCAGGCACAUUCUGCCAGGCGUCAGGAUAAUCUAUCAGAAAUGACCACUAUGUUCCGUGGAUUCUAGAAAAACACACACACACACAAUAUCUUCUUACUGUCCUGUUAUACACUUUAGUAGGCUAUAUAACCACAUGUUCAUAUCUGUUAGGUCAACCGCAUCUCAUUUCAAGCUUAUUACUUUUUUAUAAGCACUCAUUGUAUUUGUAUAUUGUCAAGAAAAAAAAAAUGCACACCGUCACUUAGUCUCAUCAACGCUUGAAAUUGCAAAGGUACCAUGCUGCUUUACUGAUACAGGGCUGUAUUCAGUGUUGCUGAUUGAAGUCCACAAAGUGCAUCAAUAUUUAAACAGGGAGAUAUGUGUGUACGCUUAUAAAAUAGCACUUGAUCCAGCAUAUCCUAUCAUUUUACCUUUUAUUUAUUCAUCUCACGCUUAUUGACAACUUAACAGCCGGAGGGUCGUCAGAAUGACUGCACAGGAUAUUUGGUUAUUUUCCCAUGAUGUUUUUUUUUCUCGUUUUUUCAUUUUUAGUAUAAUUAAUAAUCCGAUGUGCGACCCUGUAUAGGAAACCCGUCCACGGUUAGAAGGUUAAGCUGCCCAAGUAUUCGUCUGUGAUGCUUCCAGCUCAUUUUAAUUUAUACUUACAGUACAGUACAGUACAUGUCAGAUGUCAGAUUUUUUUUUCAUUGCCUUUAAAGGGAUGGUACUAUUAAUUAAUUAUUAGUGUCAAUUUUAUGUAUCUAAUACUGGCUCUAAAUUGCACUACGGCAUUUUUUUGUGUUUGUGUAUUCGCAGCGUAAAAACGGUAAGAGAAUGGAACUGGACUUAGUACUGAUCCAUCGCUCAAGUUGAGAAAACUGGGUCUAGAAUUGUGUUUAACCGAAACGUGUCUUCUGAAUCACGCAUAAAGGGGAACGAUUAGCUCUGAUGAGUCUCCAGUGUGUGUGUGUGUGU